CCUGCUAUAAGGCUAUAUACUAGGACAAAUAAGCAGCCAGAAAGUCUCGGUGGCUGUCGGACAAUUUUUUUCUUUUGUUGUACGCCAUCGGACGUUGAUCUUCGUCUUGCACCACUAAUGUUGUACGUCUCUGCACUUGGCUCCUUGCCUUGCCUCGCACUCUAUUUGUCCGACAGGCUGGCGAGCGCCGUUUUGUGUACAUCUGUAGUAGGCUAUAGAACAGGCAGUGAAGGCAAUAUCUCUUGGUCCAUACCAUAUGCGGCCGUCUAUGUAUAUCCGAUGGCAGUACCGAGACGGUUCGCGGCUGCUCUGUGCCUGCGUCUGGCCUGGGUUUGAAACGCUCUUAUGCACCUGUCUAUUGCAGCUAACUUACUGACUAUCGUUAUACGAGACGCGGUAUCGUCCACGGACGUCAAGGCCAGGGUGGCCAGCCACGGCCUGAUAUUGGUGAGUGCUUGCAUCGUUCGUCCUUCUCUCGCUCGUGGGCAAUCUUUUUUCUUCUUGUCUUUUCCAAGAUGCCCGUGCGGUUGCAGCCGGCCCCAUCUUUUGACAACCCACCCCAGGCCGGGCCCAAGGAAAGUGCUGCAUGCACAAGUAAAGGUGCAUUUGCACUAUCCGUACACUACUGCGUAGCAGUAAGGGAUCAGGUUCGUAUGGCAGAUCAGAUCAUCAAGCUGCCGCUCAUGGUUUCACAUGAUCCCCGCGCCUUGACUCUGGGCGGUCCCGGCCAAGGUGCCGGAUGGCGCGAUGUUUCUGUUAAAUCGCCGAGGAGG